AUGUCCCCAAGAAACUCAAAGAAGCCAGGUGCACUUAAUGUAUGUAGUUAUGAGGCCGUGAGCAAUUCAACUACCCUUCGGAAAAUUUCGAACCCCUUUCUAGAUGCUACCCCAUUCGUCACAAACCUAUGCUCAGCGAUACUGCUGAUUCAAUUGCUCUUCCUUCUCUUCCAUCGUUUGCCUCGUUUCUUCUCCGAGUUGAUUACUGGUCUGCUAAUGGGUCCUAUGGUGCUCGGAGCAAACGCGCUUUUUUCAGAAUACACUCAUCCUGUGAGACUAACUGGAGCGACAGAGACUUUAACAAAUUUGGGAGUCAUUUACUACAUGUUUCUCGUGGGUUUACAGAUGGACCUAACCACAAUAAGAAGAAUCAGUAAAGGUGCAUGGGGCAAUGCUUUGUUUGGAAUUCUAUUACCCUUAGGCAUGGGAGCAGGUUUAUAUCACCUACUACCUGGAAAAACCCACUUUGAGAAUCCUCUUGGUGCCUGGUUUUGGUCUGUUGCCCUCACAGUCACAAGCUUCCCGGAUCUUGCUCAGAUCCUUUCAGACCUGAAGCUUCUACGAACAGAAGUUGGACAAAUGGCCAUAUCCUCAGCUUUUGUUAGUGACAUCGCAUCUUGGAGUUUUCUUGUUGUGACAAUAACAGUUAGCAAUGGGAAAACCCGUGCCUUCAUCCUCCCGACCCUUGCCUUCAUAUUAUUUUGUUGGUUUGUGUUACGUCCGGUUCUUUCGCAGAUUAUUGACAAAGAUUCCUCAAAAGGAGGCAACUACAGUGACCUUUGUAUAUACUCUAUUCUUACUGGGGUGGUCGUUUGUGGAUUCAUCACAGACGCUUGUGGUUCUCACUCUAUGAUCGGAGCUUUUAUGUUCGGACUUAUUAUACCUGAUGGAGAGCUUGGAAUGAUGAUUAUGGAGAAACUUGAAGACUUUGUGCCAGGAAUCAUGCUUCCUGCCUUUUUUGUGCUUACUGGGACUAGAUGCAAUAUUCUUGCUAUGUUUUACAACAUCAAUCCUUUCGCGGUUCUGGGAAUUGUAGUCUUAGCUUGCUUAGCCAAGAUUAUAAGCGGUUUCUUGGUUGCCAUGUACUAUGGCAUGCCAGUUCGUGAAGGUGUCGCCCUUGGAGUUCUUAUGAACGCCAAAGGGGUUUUGGCUUUGAUUAUUCUUAAUGUUGGUAGAGACAUAAAGGCUGUGGAUAACCAACCGUUUACUAUAAUGGUGAUGACAAUUUUACUCAUGACGAUUCUUGUAAAACCGAUCCCCCUUUGGGCUUGUAAGACUACCAAGCAUUUCAGGAAAUACAAACUCCGGACCUUGCAAGAAAGCAAACCUAACUCAGAACUACGAAUACUUGCAUGCAUUCAUACUACUCGCAACCUAUCAGGAAUACUCAACCUCCUUGAACUGUCUAAUUCAACCGAGAAAUCACCAAUUUGUGUAUUUGCUGCGUGUCUAGUAGGUCUGAGUGGACGGACUAAUGCCAUGCUAAUCGUUCACGAUGAGAAUCGUAAUUCUAGUGGCCAAAACUACCCCCCUGCCCGUGGGAGAUCAGAUGCCGACCAAAUCAUCAGCACUUUGGAGAACUACGAAAGAAGAAACCAGUCAAUGUCCUUUCUGCCACUGACAGUUGUAUCUCCUUACACCUCCAUGCACGAGGAUAUCCAUAACCUUGCAGAGGACAAACGCGUGACUUUCAUCCUAAUUCCAUUUCACAAACAAUCUGGUGCAGAAGGGAUGCAACAAGAGAACUCUUCUAUCAGACUAGUAAACCAAAAUCUACUAACAAAAGCUCCAUGCUCUGUGGGGAUAUUUAUUGAUCGAGGCCUCAGUUUGAAGAUUUAUAACGAGGGUAGCCAUCGCAGAGAAAAGCUAAAUUUCGCCAUGUUUUAUACUGGGGGACAUGACGAUCGUGAGGCCUUAACUUAUGCUUGCAGGAUGGCAGGGUCUCUGAAUGUGAGUUUAAAAGUUGUGCAAUUUCUUCCAGGUAAAGAAGCAAUAGAAAUGAUGGAUAUGGAAGAGGAAGUGGAGGGUGAAAAUCAAAGAUUUGUUGAUGAUAUGUACCUGAAUGAGUUACGAUUUAUGACAAUGUGCAAUCCAUCUGUAACAUGGGUGGAUAAGUCGGUAAAUAGCGGGGAUGAAAUUAUCAUCGCAGCAAAAGAUCUAGCUGAUGAAUAUGAUCUAUAUAUUGUGGGGAGGGGUCAGGGAAUGAUAAAGCCAUUUGCUUUGGGGCUAUCGGAGUGGAGUAACUGUGAAGAGCUUGGGCCACUAGGAGAUGCAUUAUCAACAUCUGACUUCGCACAACACGCAUCGAUUCUUGUAGUCCAACAACAUUCUGUUUCAACCAUGAAAAACAAGGGCAUGCCGCAGCAUCAAGAGAAAGCUGGACUUGAAACUUGGAAAUCUCCUUUGAGUAGUCGUGACCUUCUGAACAUUGUAAAUCACAGAAAGAAGACAGAUGAAGAGGAUGAUUAAAUAGGAGGCUUAUAGCAUAUCAUGUAGCCAAAUUCAAAUGGUAUAAGAUCUUAUGUAGAAGUUCUGCCUACAUCGAUCACAUUAAGUUUUUGGUUGAUUGUUUUGGGCUUAAAAAGAAAUGGAUGUACAGUUGAGCAUGGAUAA